UUGACGCGGACAUUUGGAUUCCCACCCCAUUCCACAGUGGAAUAUAGGGCUCUAUUUAUAGAGCUGGUGGAGCCCGUGGCCCUGAGCUCGGCAGAACACACUCAUUAAAACUGCUUUCCCUAGUACACUUCAACUCAAAGCCCAGCACACGCCAGUGUGUGUGAGAGUGGAAACCGUGCUAGAGAGAGUAAGAGAUCUAAAUUAAUCCGUGUUAAAAGAAGAAGAAAGUUUGAAGAAAGUUGGGAACCUGAUUCCAUUGCAUGUGGGAUAUUUACUGGAUCUUGCUAAGCUUGUUAUGAAGAGACACUUCAGCUAAAGCAGCAUCUUGAAGGUGACAUUCGACUUGCGUGGAACUUCCAGUGGUCACGAUCGACUGACAAAUACCACAGAACAAGACCUGCGAGGACAAGGUGACUAUGUAAAGACCCAAGAUCUAAGGUGUCGUAGAGAGCCAUCGACUGGAAUUCGGAACUUUAUGUAAAUAACAGCAAUGAUUUGAAUUUAAAAGUCAAUUCUCUUAUGGUCAUUCUAUUGCUUUUGCUAUAGUUUGCUGGAUAGUCUUUUGUCUUCAAGUUCCUCUUCACUCACAGACAGCGAGAACAUCCAGAGUUUUUAACUGUAAUCCGAUCCCACACACUCUCCAGUAAUUAUAAAGCAGAGUUGGGAAGCAGUAAAGGAGAUUUGUCAUUAAGGCUGCCUAAAUAAAGAGGCAGGCAAAGGGCGAGGUUUGUGGAUUGGGCCGUGGAGGUGCAGCGACACUCAUCUGAUUCAUACAGAUCCACCCAAAGCUUCCCAUGGACCCCCAAGGAGGUCAUUAUCUAAACAAGGCAGCAGUGCUGUCUGGAGUCGGCGCUGCCCGGAUGUGCCAGCUGCUUCUGGGUUGCACCACCAUGGCCUUGGUGGCCCACAGUGCGGGAUUCAGCGCCACCUACGGGACCUACUGCAUGUUCGUCUGGUGCUUCUGCUUUGCCGUCACACUGGUGGUCUUCACUCUGGACGUGACGAGGCUACAUGGGUGUAUGCCCAUCUCUUGGGACAACUUCACUGUGGCCUUCGCCAUGUUGGCCACACUUAUGUAUGUCACGGCGUCAAUAGUCUACCCCGUCUACUUCCUCAGAUCCGAGUGCCCAUCUGAGGGCUGCGAGGUGCGCAACUACCGCAUCGCCGUCACCGUCUGCUCCAGCGUCUGCUGCUUCGCUUACGGAGCCGAGGUGUUCAUCACAAGGGCCAAGCCGGGCCACGUGGUUGGCUACAUGGCCACCGUGUCUGGCCUGCUUAAGGUGGUCCAAGCCUUCAUAGCCUGCAUCAUCUUCGGCGCUCUGGCCAAUGACAGUGAAUACAACCGCCACAUCCCUACUCAGUACUGCGUGGUGGUCUACAGCCUGUGCUUCGCUGUAACCGUGGUGGUGGUGGCUCUCACUGUCUCAGGGAGAACGUCUUCACUGCGCUUCCCUUUCGACCGCUUUGUGGUCAUCUACACCUUCCUGGCUAUGCUGCUGUAUCUGAGUGCUGCUGUGGUCUGGCCGGUUUUUAGUUUUGAUAAGAAGUAUGGCACCCCGGGGCGACCAGAAGACUGCCCUAGAGGAAAGUGCCCAUGGGACAGCAAGCUGGUGAUCGCCGUGUUCACUUGUGUCAAUCUGGUGCUGUACUUCACCGAUCUGGUUUACUCUCAAAGGAUACGAUUUGUCUCACAUUCAAAUGCAUAAGAUCAGCUCAUCUCAAGUCCGGUGGACAUAUGAAUACUGGAAACAUGGCUUGAAAAUGUUGUAAUAUACAGCCACGCUAAUAAAAUACGGCUGUGUGUACUUGUAGUACUUUAAAAUAGUCUGGAUUUUUGUAAUUUUUUUUGAUUAGAAUGAAAAUGUUUUGACUUUCCAACUGCAAUUGAUUUUUUUUCUUUGUGUUAAUUAAUAAAGUUGUUACUUUGCUUAGUAGAAUGGAAACAAAGCAAUUUUAGACUUUUUUUUUUUUUUUUUUGUCAAAUUGACUUCUUUGACAAUACCUCUCCGCAAUUCAUUGACACUGUAAGUCUUAAAGGGAUAGUUCACCCAAAAAUGUUAAUUCUGCCAUUGUUUACUCACAUUUGUCAUUUUAAACGACUUUCUUUCUUCUGUGGAACCCAAAGGAAGAUAUCAUGAAAAUGUUGUCAGUUUUGGGGAUUGUAUUGGAAAAAAAAAAAAAAAAAGUAUAUUAUGUUCUACAGAAAGUCAUAGAGUUUGGGGAUAAAGGGAAGUGAGUAAAAGAUGACAGAAAUGUCAUUUUUUGGGUGAACCAUCCCUUUAAGAAUGGUUUUUGUUUGUUGUGAAUUAGAACAUUUAUUGUAUGGCCUACUAUGAGUACAACUUAAAGUGUAAUUUUUAUAACUGAAGUAUGCAUAUAAUGUUAUAUGUCACAACAGCAUUAUUAUUAUUAUUAUUAUUAUUUGAUUACUAAUACGGUAAUGCUUACAUUUGGAAAAUAUAUUUUCUAACACAGUCAGACUUUGUCAGCUGCUUUAUCCAAAAAUGAGAGAUCUGUGACCUCUGACUAGGAGAAGAGAAUAUAGCCACUUGUUUAUGAAUUGUCCAUAUCAUAUUUUAUUUAUUUUAUUGUAAUGUAUUGGAUUGUAUUUUAUUUUAGAAAGCCCUGCAUAUCUGGCCAAUCUACUAAGACUCCAAUAAUAGUUCAGUAUGUUUUUUUUUUGUUGUUGUUGUUUUUUUUAAUAGCAUAUUUUCAAUACAUUUAAAUAAACCAAAAAUAUGUUGGUAAUUAAACUGGAUUCUUUUGUGCCCAGAUCA